UUUUUUGUUUUAUUUUAUUUUUUAAUAAGACUGAUCAGCAGAGAAACUGAUCCCGUUGCUGUGGGGUGGGAAAGGCCGGCAGUCUGUGGGAGAGAACCAUGUCUGUCCGGGAGUCGUUUAACCCAGAAAGUUACGAACUGGACAAGAGCUUCCGCCUGACCCGAUUCACUGAACUGAAAGGCACAGGCUGCAAAGUGCCCCAGGAUGUCUUACAGAAACUACUCGAAUCUCUACAAGAAAACCAUUUUCAGGAAGAUGAACAGUUCUUGGGGGCAGUUAUGCCCAGGUUGGGAAUUGGGAUGGACACUUGUGUUAUUCCAUUAAGACACGGAGGUUUGUCAUUGGUCCAGACGACAGAUUAUAUUUAUCCUAUUGUGGAUGACCCUUAUAUGAUGGGCCGGAUAGCGUGUGCCAAUGUCCUAAGUGACCUUUAUGCCAUGGGGGUCACAGAAUGUGACAACAUGUUGAUGCUCCUUGGAAUCAGCAAUAAAAUGACAGAUAGGGAAAGAGACAAAGUGAUGCCUCUAAUUAUCCAGGGUUUCAAAGAUGCAGCAGAAGAGGCAGGAACAUCUGUUACUGGUGGGCAAACAGUGUUAAAUCCCUGGAUUGUUCUAGGAGGAGUGGCCACGACAGUCUGUCAGCCUAAUGAAUUUAUAAUGCCAGACAAUGCAGUGCCAGGAGAUGUGCUUGUAUUAACUAAACCCUUGGGAACACAAGUGGCUGUAGCUGUGCACCAGUGGCUAGAUAUUCCUGAAAAGUGGAAUAAAAUCAAGCUUGUGGUAACGCAAGAGGAUGUAGAACUCGCAUACCAGGAGGCAAUGAUGAACAUGGCACGGCUGAACAGAACAGCUGCUGGACUCAUGCACACUUUCAAUGCACAUGCAGCUACAGACAUCACAGGAUUUGGGAUCCUGGGGCAUGCACAGAACCUUGCCAAGCAGCAGAGAAAUGAGGUGUCCUUUGUGAUCCACAACCUUCCCGUUCUUGCCAAGAUGGCUGCUGUCAGCAAGGCUUGUGGAAACAUGUUUGGCCUCAUGCACGGCACUUGUCCAGAGACUUCAGGAGGCCUCCUCAUCUGCUUACCACGGGAGCAGGCAGCACGGUUCUGCGCCGAGAUCAAGUCUCCGAAAUACGGCGAAGGGCACCAGGCGUGGAUUAUCGGGAUCGUGGAGAAGGGCAACCGCACGGCCAGGAUUAUAGACAAGCCACGGAUCAUUGAGGUGGCACCACAGGUGGCCACUCAGAACGUGAACCCCACGCCCGGUGCCACCUCUUAAUAGAGAUCAAAUAGCUGUUUUGUUUUUUGAAUAGAUCUAUUCCUUUAUCAUCCUACAAUUUUAAGAACUGUAAAAAAAAAAAAAAAAAGAAAAGAAAACUUGUUGUGUCUGCACAUCUGGUGGCCUUAGGUCAGUUUAUGAGUGGAUACAAAUAAUAAAAUGAAAUCCAUUGCCUUUUUUUCCUGUUACAUUAACUGAAGAUGCACCUAAUCUUGAGGCAGCUUCUGAGUUGAGAAUUAUAUUGUUAUCCAAUACUGUUGAUUCAUUUUGAAUCUUUAGACACUUAUCUCUUGCCGCAUAGGCUCUUUUUAAAGGUGCUUUCACGUAGCACAGACAUUACCAGUAGUAGUGUCAAAUAGCAGUUCGUGUCCUUUCAUUAUGUGUAUAUUUAUCACGAGUCUAAUUUUGAUGCCUUGAGUGAUAUUCCAGAAAGGCAAUAAAUUGACAAGCGACACAGUGGGUUACCCAGUAGUGAGAUGGUUGCAUGAUUGCAUUCAAUCUUCGAUUUAUUUUAUUUUUUAAUUUUUUUUUUUUGGUAAGGUUUAGUCUUACCAAGAGCAUCUACGACCCUGGACUUUGCUUGGUAGUGCAUUCAGUUUAAACAGCAAGUGCUGACUCUUUGCAUGGAAAGCGCUUCAGAGUCGAAGGAGUAAUUUCAAAUUUCAUUAUUUGUAGACCUGACAAUAUUUACUGUAUUAUCAAUGAUUGUUUUCUUUAUUGAUAGUAAGGACAAAUAAUUCUUUUUUUUUUUUUUCCUUUUGCAACGUGAUUGGAUGUGCUAUAGUGCAACAAAGGUUUUUCAGACCAAAAGGAGGUUACUGUAUAAUAUUCAUUUACAAUUCACUAUAUAAAUAACUACACAAAUAAUUUUUAAAUAUAAUCAAACUAAAAUAAACCUCUGUUCUGUGGAUGGUAGUGUUUAAUACAUUUUAUAUUUUGUAUAGUGAUUACAAGCCUUUUUUGUUUCUUUUAAAAUCAGCAGCUGUUUAGUAUAAUUCUUAGUAUUAUUUUGUUCUUUGCUCAAAUACAUUUUUCUGCACGCUUUUGUGAUCUGUGUUUAAAACCAACAUUGCCAACAUUGCAGCUUGAACUUAAGCUUGUUAUUCAAAAUAAAUAUUUAAUUUUUUUUAUUGCUCUUGUAUAAGUGCAUGAA